GGGGAAACAAUCCUGCGGUUGUCAUCCCACGCCCGGACCUCCACCCCACCGGGUGAAGCCAAGAUGGCGCAGGCUCUCUCCGAGGACGAGUUCCAGCGGAUGCAGGCUCAGCUCCUGGAACUGAGGACCCAGAACUACCAGCUCUCAGACCAAGUACGGAAGCAAAAUGCAGAACUGAGUUCCCUGCGGCAGAAGUCCAGCAAUGUGGAAAGGGAUCUGGCGAGAGCUCAGAAGGCUGUAACUAAAAGCAAGAAGGCCCAGGAGGUGGACGCCCUGCUGAGUGAAAACGAGAUGCUCCAAGGUAAACUGCACAGCCAAGAGGACGACUUUCGCUUGCAAAACACCACGCUCAUGCAGGAGCUGUCCAAGCUUUGUUCCCAGAUCGAGGAGCUGGAGGCGGAGAAUAAGCGGAUGAAGGAGGGCUAUCCGGUGUCGGACACAGCGUCCCCACCGAGCCAGGUUGAUGGGGAGCUGCUGCGGCUACAGGCUGAGAACACAGCGCUGCAAAAAAACAUGGCAGCUCUACAGCAGCGUUAUGAGGCACAAAUCCAUGCUCUGAGGCAGAGUGAGGAGAAACAUGGCGACGGGCAAGAAAUGGACAUUGUGGAUGGGCAGGGUCCCGACGCUGAGCUAAAGGAGGAAGUGGAGGAGACAAGUGACAAAGGCACCCAGGAGUCAAACAAAACCCUACUGGAGAAAUUGGAACAGGCAGAGUCGAAAUGCACUAAGCUGGAAGAGAGGUUGAAGGAGCUGAACGAGAUGGAGCUGAAGUGGGAGACUGAGCACGAGGAGAAACGAUUGCUGAAGGAGCAACUCCAGGCACUGGAGACCUCAAAGCAGCUGGAGCUGAACAAACUGCAGGACGAUAUCAGUAAGGUCUCCGAGAAACUGAAGAAGAAACAUGAGAGCUUUCUGCAUCUGCAGUCUGAGAAGGAGGCUUUAUACAAUGACAGCAGGACGAAGAUCGAGGAAGUCCAACAACGGAAGGAGGAGGAUUUGAAAUCCCUCAACACUCGGAACCAGCGACUGCAGCAAGAGCUACAGGCUGCCAAUCAGGUCGAGUGUCAAAGUGCAGAGUGUCAGGAACAGGUGGAGAGCAUUCUGUCUGAGAACGAUGCCCUGCGCACAGGUUUAGCAGCUCUAGAGCAGAUUCAGACGGCGAAGACACAGGAGAUGAAUGGGCUGCGGGACCAGGUGACGUCACUGACCCUGGACCUUCAGCAGCGUCAGUGUGAGCUGGAGGCCCUCAUGGCUCAGCGGGACGACCUCAGCAGUCAGUUUCAGGUACCCUUCGUCAUUUGUGCUGAGAAGCGGAAGGCCAUGCUGGAUGUGAUGGCCAUUGAGACCCAGCAGUUGAGGAGCCGACACAAGGAGGAGCUGAGCGACCUAAGGGUGCAGCACGAUAAGGAGGUGCUGGGUGUCCGUGCCAAGUACGAGAAGGAGCUGCGCGAGUUACACGAGGAGAAACAGCGCUCUGAGGAGGAUCUGAGGGCACAGCUCAGGGAUGAGAAGGCCCGGAGCCGGGAGCUGGAGGCAAUGCAGCACACAGUGGAAGACCUCCGCCAACAGGUCCAGGCCAUGGAGGGAGCGAAGGGCUGGUUCGAGAGGCGCCUGAAGGAGGCCGAGGACACACUGGUGAAGGUCCGUGUGGAACACGAGGACCAUGUUCAGAAGCUCCGGGAGCAGCACGCAGCCGAGCUACAGGCUAAGGAUCAGGAGAUAGAAGCUGUUUCUGCGACACUGACUUCCACCGAGAACGACAGGAAUGAACAGGAGAAGACAAUUACCAAACUUCACCAGGAGAUCAAAGACACAGUGGACGGACAGAGGAUCUUGGAGAAGAAGGGCAGCUCUGCGCUCAAGGACCUGAAGAAGCAACUGCAGCUGGAACGCAGACGAGCAGACAAACUGCAGGAGCGUCUGCAGGAGAUCCUCACCAAGUCCCGCACAGGGUUGGAAGAUCUGGUUUUAGCGGAGAUCAGUUCCCCGAGCCGAGCACAGACUGGGGACGGCAGCAGUGUUUCCUCAUACAGUUACCGUGAGGCGAUGAAGGAGGGAGCGUCGAGCACCAAGUCUAACACAGGUAGCCCACAGUCCCAGCGACCUGCUGACCUCUCCGAUGAUGAGAUCUCUGACCUGUUCCAGAGGCUAGCGGACAUUCAACAGGAGAAGUGGAUGUUGGAGGAACGGGUGAGAGGAAGGGAUUACUAUCCAGUGAAAUAACCCCCGCACUCCCGUACCCUGUAUCACUGUCCAGUGAAAUAACCCCCGCACUCCCGUACUCUGUAUCACUGUCCAGUAAAAUAACCCCCGCACUCCCGUACCCUGGAUCACUGCCCAGUGAUAUAACCACCCCCCCAACACUCCCGUACCCUGUAUCACUGUCCAGUGAUAUAACCAACCCCCCAGCUCUCCCGUACCCUGGAUCACUGCCCCGUGAUAUACCUGAGGGAA